AUGGAUUCACCUUGGCGCCGCGAGCUGGCCCUGGCCGUCCUUGCCGUCCGCGUCGGCGCCCGCAUCGCAGAGGCCCUGUCGGCCGAGAAGGACCGCGGCGGUACUGUCGAGAAGUCCGACCUGACCCCUGUCACCGUCGCCGACUUUGCCAUCCAGGCUCUGCUGGCCGCCACCGUCGAGCACUGCUUCCCGCAUGAUGUCGUCGUCGGCGAGGAGUCGGCCGACGACCUGCGCGCGGACCCGGCCCUGCUCGAGAGCGUGUGGGUCGCCAUCGCCCAUGCCGUCGACGAGCAGGAGCGCGACGAGCCGGGCGGCCUUGUGGUGCAGGGCGCCGGUCUCGAGGGCUUGCGCGUGGUGCCGCCGAGGUCCCGCGAGCACCUGCUCGACCUGGUCGACGCGUGUGGUGCCGCCGGCCCGUCGCCCUCGACCCCGCGCGCGUGGAUCAUCGACCCCAUCGACGGCACCGCGUCGUUUGUCAAGAACGAGCUGUACGCCAUCAACGUCGCCCUGGUCGAGGCCGGCGCUUUCGAGACCGUCAGCUGCAUCGGCGCCCCAAACAUGACGUGGCGCCCGCUCCCGCCCGCCACGCCGCUGCUGAAUGCAGACGUUGAGGGGCUGUCUUCCGGGACUCGCGGUUGCGUCAUGUUUGCCGCGCGCGGCUAUGGCGCCUGGAGACAGCCUCUCUUUGUCGCGCCCAGUGAGCAGGGGGACGUCGCGCCCGUCAGGCUCGAGCGCCUCGACGAGGCGGUCAAGACCACGGCCGACCUGCGGUUUGUGGGCUGUACUACGGUAGACUCGGGCGCCACCGACGUUCACGAUGCCGUCGCCGCCCUCGCGCGUGACCCCGCCUCGUCCAAGUCGGAUGUGCUCAGCUGGGUGCUGCGAUGGGUGGCCAUGGCGCGUGGCGCCGCCAACGCCGUGGUGUGGGUGUACAAGAAGCGAUCGCGCCUCGCCAAGACGUGGGACCAUGCCGGCGCCAUGCUGCUGUUCCGUGAGGCCGGCGGCGUCAUCUCCGACGUUGACGGCCACCCCAUCGACCUCGCCACGGGCCGCACCUAUGACGCAAACUACGGCUUCGUCGCCGCCCCCGCUCGCCUGCAUGUCGCCCUGCUGGCCCGCGUGCGCGAGGUGCUACCCAAGCUGCGGCCAGACCUCGCCCACGUCGAUCCUGCGGCUGGGGUGCGCACUGCGGAGUCCGUGCUGGCCCGCGCCGAGCGUGUCAGCGCAGAGCUCGUGCGGGUCGAGUCGCUCUCUGACCGUGGAUUCAUCCUCGACCUCCAAUCCUAA